CCGGGAGCCGUGCUGCCAGGACGGAGGUCAUCGCUCAGCCGGGUCUGCUACCUGACCAUGGGUCUGCUCGUCCUGCUCCUGGGCCUGGUCUUUGUAUCCAUGUAUGUGUACAGAUACUUCUUCAUCACCCAGCUGCCCCAUGAGCGCGUGUUUCCCUGCCGCGUCCUGUACGAAGACUCGCUCUACUCGCCGUUCAAAGGGCAGCUGGAGUUGCACGAAGAUGUCAAGAUUUACCUGGAGGAGAACUAUGAGCAAAUCAAUGUCCCAGUGCCCCAGUUUGGAGGGAGCGACCCAGCAGAUAUCAUCCACGAUUUCCAGCGAGGUCUGACUGCUUAUCAUGACAUAACGCUGGAUAAGUGCUACGUCAUUGAGCUGAACACCACUAUCGUGAUGCCUCCUCGCAACCUGUGGGAGCUGCUGGUUAACGUGAAGAAAGGGACAUACCUGCCUCAGACAUACAUAAUUCAGGAGGAGAUGAUUGCGACUGAGCAUGUCAGUGACAUGGAGCAGCUCGGCUCCUUCAUCUACCGCCUCUGCAGCGGCAAGGAGACCUACAGGCUGAAGCGGAGAAGCGCCAGGAGACGUAUCAGUCGACGCGAGGCUGGAAACUGUCGUCGUAUUCGUCACUUGGAAAACACUUUUGUGGUUGAAACUGUUAUCUGCACAAAGUCAUGAAGCCACUCUCCUGAUGCAACCUUCCUUGGCUUUGCUUGCACACACAUGCUCUCAUCCCUCUCUUUAGACAUGGUGAUCUUGUCUUACUUUUUUACUCCCUGCCCUUCUUGUGCAGCUCUAACCUCUUGGGUCUGUUGUGGCCUCACAGUGGAUUCUCUCCUCUCCCUGCUACCUACCUGAGACAUUUCCUGGGCUUAAAUUUACACAGUGGUCAAAGAUAACCUGGGAGUAGAUGCAGCUUCUUCCACACCACCGGAUUGGAAUCUCUUUUAGAAGC